AUGGCGGGCGAUGUUGAUGAAGAAACCAAAUACAUCAUUAACGUCAAACAAAUCGCCAAAUUCGUCGUUGGACUUGGCGAGAAAGUUGCCGCCAUGGAUAUAGAAGAAGGCAUGAGAGUCGGGGUGGACCGCAACAAGUACAAAAUUCAAAUUCCGCUGCCUCCGAAGAUCGACCCCACGGUGAUGAUGAUGACAGUGGAGGAGUG